GCAAAUGUAUCUAGUGCGUUGAGUCGAGUUCUGACUAAUGGAUUGAAAGUAACGAAUGUGCUUGUGCGUCUGUGAGGAGGGUGCCACCUGAGCAGACAGUCACCCAGCUCAACUAUAUAAAGGCUGGCCAGACCAAGAAGGGGCCAAGAAGCAGCUCCAGGGAGCCAAAGAGAGAAGAAACCAGCCGAGAUCUACCUACGCACAGCAGGCAGCCAGGCACAGACUCCCCCUUUCUCACCGACACUCAACAGAGGGAACACAGGAGGUCAAAAGAUGAAAGGCACCCACUCUUUCGCUGGACUUCUGCUCUUGAUCAUUGCUCAGAGCAGCUUGCAAAUCCCGCAGGAGGACACAGAGGACAACUCCAGCCUGUUGACAGAGGACUCUAUGUUCAGCGAGCCAAGGGAGCUUUCAAACACGAAGAGACAUUCAGAGGGAACAUUCUCUAACGACUACAGUAAAUAUCUCGAGUCGAGACGAGUGCAAGACUUUGUCCAGUGGCUAAUGAACUCCAAGAGAAGUGGGGGUCCCAUCAAACGACAUGCAGAGGGUACCUACACCAGCGACGUGAGCUCCUACCUGCAGGACCAGGCAGCCAAGGAGUUUGUGUCCUGGCUGAAGAAUGGCCGAGGCAGACGAGAAUAGGGCUCCUCUACUCAGCCACAGAGUCCCAGUGUCUUAUUACUCAGUCACAGAGUCCGAGUGUCUUGUCUUAUGAGCCCCCAGUCAAGAGAGAAUGCAACACAUCCAGAAUGUUCCAUCCCCCUGUUCCAUUUCCUGUUUUAUAACCUGUAUCCUCCUUCCUCUGGUCAUGCUAAUAAAUCCCCGAACAAGAAA